AUGUCUGUCAUAGUUAUAGCUGUAGGCACUGAAAGUGGUGUCCCAAUAUUUACACGAAAACGCGGUAACAAUGAAAAUAUACAGUUUUCUACGAUUGCUUCACUCCACGGAAUAAACAUGUUUAGUAAAUGCCACAACUUAUCUGUUAUCAACACAUUGGUCGAAAACGGAAGAAUUCUAUGGAAGGAAUAUUAUAAGAGUGUAACGCUCAUAGGCAUUGUAACAGGUGGAUUUGAGUGCGACUUGGAACUUCUACUCUCCUGCAUUAAUGAUGUAAUGGUAUUUUGUGUAGGACAAAAAGAACUGCAGAAUCUGAAGAACAUAGAUCAAUUGAAAAGAGAUUUAAGACAAUGCUAUCCUAUUUUAGAUUAUUUGUUGGAGUCUUUAGACCCUAAUGCAGGGCCUCCAAUGACUUUGGCUCUUGACCUUAUUCAAAGUUUCCUGUGCCCACAAUCGCAACAUUUACAGCCAGUUCUAGAUAACUAUGCAGAAAAAGUCACAGGUCGAUGGGCAUGUCUUUCUAUUCAUGGGCAUUUGGUUGCAACCAGUUCUGAUUUCUAUGAGUUGGAUCCGAGAGAGGCACGAUUACUGCUAUUGCUGGCUGCAGCACAAAGUGGAGCUCCCCUAAGAGACACCCUGGUUUAUUUGCCUUAUAUGAGUCCUGAUGUAGCUUUCAGAGCGGUGACUUGCAAACUUUUGGCCGACGUUUAUGUACUGGUAGUUUGCGGGGCAACGCCCGCCCUGUCUGAAAUCGACGAAAUAGUCCUGCAUUGCUGGGAGGGAUAUGCGCAAAUGAUUAAGGAAGCAAAAUUGAUGUACCCCCGAAACUUUCCAGCCAGCAUCGCCUUCGAGCCGUGCGUUUUGAGUAUUUUCUUAGUUAACAUAAAUCGGCGGAGGUGUGUCUUUUCCCGUCAUUUGCAGCUAACGAAUCAAAAAGGCAGAGGUAUGUCUGGUGCUCACCGCAUGGAUAUCCUGCGCACUUUCUACGUAACAUCGGCACGAGAUUUGGCCCCCGAGUUGAAGUAUCGUGAACUUCCAGAUAAAGAACAAGAUAAUGAACCGAUUGGCAAGAUGUGCGAAACGUAUUGGUGCUCCGAAUAUCACAAAUGUCACGCACUACGUUCCGGAAAUUUAGUGUGUUGCGUACUUUAUGCCCCCACAAUACCUACGCAUACAAUGAGAUUACUCACUGGCCAAAUGACACAAGAGUUCCUUUCGAAUAAGGACAUAAAUUGG